AUGCUUGUGGUCAAGAUGAGUAAGCUGAGAAAGCCCGAGGAAGACCUUCAGGACCCAGGCGAGGCUCAGGACUGGGUGGAGGCGCAGCUCUUGGGGACUGAGCAGGGGAGCACUACCCAGUGGUCUUCAGCCAAGUCUCAGAGUGCCUGCAGCUGGUCUUUGGCAUGGAGUUCAGCUGCUCAGUCAAGUCUGACUCUUUGCAACUCUAUGGACAUCAGGCUUCCCUGUUCAUCAACUACUCCCAGAGCUUGCUCAAACUCAUGUCCAUCAAGUUAUCCUCAAGGUCCAUUUUCAUCUGAAGCAGCAGCAUUUCACACGCUCGGCCAAAGGUCUGACCCACAAGCUGAGCCUCUCCACGUGCCCGAGGCCUCGCUGGCUGCUGACACUCAGCCCAGCCCCUGGCCUUCCCCCAUCACCUGCUGGAUACUUCCAAAACUGGGGAGUUUGGACCAGAACAUAGAGGGAAAAACACUAACUUGUUUCUUAACAACACAUUCACAACCACCCAGACCCAGCAGGGCCAAAACGACUAACCUGAUAAAGUUCCUGCUCUUCAAGUAUCUAGCUAAGGAGCUGACCUCCCAGGCGGAAAUACUGAAGAAGGUCCUCAGGGAUAACCAGGAGCACUUCCCGGUGGUCUUCAGCCAAGCCUCGCAUUGCCUGGAGCUGGUCUGUGGUGUGGAGGUGAAGGAGGUGGACCCCAGGGAGCACAUCUACAUCAUGGUCCCCAACCUGGGCCUCACCUGUGAUGUGAUGCUGAGCAGUGGGCAGAGCAUGCCCAAGGCCGGCCUCCUGGUGCUGAUCCUCAGCCUGAUCAUGCAGAAUGGAGACCGCGCCCCUGAGGAGAAGGUCUGGGGAGCACUCAGCAGAUUGGGUGUGUGUGUCGGGAGUGUGCACUGUGUCUUUGGGGAGCCCAGGACACUUCUGACACACGUGUGGGUGCAGGAGGGGUACCUGGAGUACCGGCAGGUGCCUUACAGCUACCCUGCUCGCUAUGAGUUCCUGUGGGGUCCCCGGGCCUAUGCGGAGACCAGCAAGCGGAAAGUCAUGGCAUUUCUGCUCAGGAUCAAAGAAAGGGCUUCGAGGGCCUUCCCACCCCUGUCUGCAGAGGCUGCAAGGGAGGAGGAUGAGGCUGCCUGA